GCCACAGUCUUGAACAGGAGGGGCGAUGGAACACACCAGCAUCAGGCCAGUCAGACGGCGCCGAAGAUCGCUCACCAGGUCACGAAGGCAACGACAGCUACAAUGGACAUUGGCCACAACAAGAGCACGAGCCACGUGCAAGUGACACCAACGGCAAUGCGUAAGGGCGACCGUCAUCCCUCGAGGCUACCAUCAAGCUCCCCCCUCCACCUAUCUUCUCGCAAGCGAUCGCAGGACGACAGCGCGUCGGAUAACGGGAGAUACUUGUCCACACGAGUGCAUCACGAAUUGGCGGGGAGGAACUCGAGCAGCAUCCCCAGUCCAGCUGCAGAGCGAAAAAAACAAGGUCGUGAGCCGGUCGAGAACUACGCGAGCGUUCGAUGACUUCUUCGACGCCGCCGCGGCGAAGAUACUGGGCGAGCAAAAUCAAGCACAAGGGCACGGCUUAGACGAGCUUCUGAAGGCACAGGGCAAUGUGUACUGAUGUCAAGUGCGAGUCAGUGGUCUUUUAUUCUACCGACGAGGGAGAGGAGAACCGGGGAGAAAAGAGAUGCACGAAAAAGGUCCCAGAAAGUAUUAAAACUUGUGCUAUGCAAAAGAACUUCAUAUUUUCAUCAUUGGAUCUUGACCUCGCAGUUGGGUGUUCAGCCCAGACAUCGUACAAUAGCCGUUCGCUGUGUGUUUCGGGGAGGGUACAUCUCGAGUCUCGUAGGGCCUUCAGAUGUGGCCUUCAUUAUUGGAAAAAGCAGGGCUGUCGACAGUGUGCGAUAACGAGACGAAGAAUACCAGCAGCUAUAUCGUGAUUUCGGGAGGAAUUCGAUACCGCGAAGCUAAAGCUAGAGGAGACC